AUGACCAUCCCUGCCGGGGCAGAACCAGCUACACCAUCUCUCAUCGAGUCGGUCCCAUCCAAAAUCACACGCUGGUCCUAUCUAAAGGACUAUUUUACGAGUCGUAAUGGAUGGAUUGGUGACUAUGACUACAUGUAUCUCAUCACUCCCAACAUAUGGCCGCUCAAUAAGAAAUACAAGAACUUUGAGGCUCCCUUUUACGGCCUCAAUGACGAGGUCCCAGUUUUCCUCACCGUCAUCCUCGGCUUACAACAUGCCUUGACUUUGGUUGGGUCGGUUGUCUCGCCGCCAUUGGCAAUUGCUGGCGGUGCUUUCUAUCUUGAUUCUGUCCAGACGCAGUAUCUAGUGUCUACAGCAUUUAUCACUACUGGUAUAGCAACGGCACUACAAGUAACCCGGCUACAUAUCACAAAAACCCCGUUGUUCAUCGGCACCGGUUUGCUCUCGGUCGUAGGUCCUACAUUCGAUUUGCUCGCCAUUGCCUUCAAUUACACCAACAUGCGGUAUGGGAACGGGUCCUGUCCAGUUGACUCAACCGGUGCAAAGUUGCCUUGUCCAGAAGCCUGGGGCGCUAUGCUCGGGACAAUGCUGUGUACUGUCUGGGUACAGAUUCUGAUGUCGCUCGUCCCGCCUCGGAUGCUCAACCGUAUUUUCCCUAAAAUCGUGACGGGUACUCUGCUGGUGCUUGUCGGUGUCUAUUUGAUUGGAAAUGGCAUGGAGAACUGGGGCGGUAGCUCCAACUGCAAUGGCGGAACGGGUUACUACGCGCUUUGCCCAGAUACUGCAGCUCCGAAGCCAUUGCCUUGGGGCGAUCCCAAGUUGAUUGGUCUAGGAUUCAGCAUCUUUAUAACCAUUAUAAUUGUUGAAAUAUUCGGCUCGCCAUUGAUGAAGUCAGCAUCGGUCAUUUUCGGUCUUGCAGUUGGCUGUAUUAUCUCGGGCGCAGCUGGAUACUGGUCUCGAGAUAACAUCAAUGCGGCACCUGUUGGAACUUUUCUAUGGGCACAUACAUUUAGUCUAUCAGUUGAUAGUGCUCUAGUGCUUCCCCUCCUGAUUAUGUUUGUCUGCGAAGCCGUCAGCUGCAUGCCGGAUAUUCUCGCGACUGCCGAGCUUUCUGGGGUAGAUAUUGACGGAACAGAAUUUAAUAGUCGCAUUCAAGGCGGCAUUUUAUGUGACGGCCUGGGAAGUUUGAUAAGUGCCCUGGGCACAGGGAUGCCGAUGGUUAGCCAAGCUGGGAACAACGGGGUAAUCUCGUUGACAGGCUGUGCUAGUCGUCGGGCAGGCUGGUGUGCAGCUGCGUUCCUCAUUUUGAUGGGAAUAUUCGGUAAAUUCGGCGCCGUGUUUGGUUCCAUGCCCCCUUCAGUGUUGGGUGGCAUGCAAGUAUUUCUUUACAGCACUAUCGCUGUCGCCGGCGUACGCGUUUUGAGUCUUGUCAAGUUUACGAGACGUAACAGGUUCAUUUUGACUGCUGCACUUGGGAUUGGGUUUGUGGAUAUUGUCUCGCCCAGCUGGUUCAGUCGUAUUUUGGACUAUAGCGGUCCCAAUGUCCACUUGCAAGGCUUCGAGCAAGGGAUAAAUUUGAUUGUAGAAACUCCUUUCAUUAUUUCUGCUGUGAUUGGGGUGGUAUUGAACCUUGCGCUGCCCGAAGACAAUCUCAUAAAGAACGAUGAUGUUAUUCGUGACCGAGAUGGGAGUCCGAUUCUUGCGCCGUCCCAUGCCUGA